AUGUCGCCAGAGCUGUGCACUGUGUCUGCAGGGCUGGCGCUGAGGCUGGUGAACGGAGGCCACCGGUGCCAGGGCCGCGUGGAGGUCCUGUACCAAGGCUUCUGGGGCACCGUGUGUGAUGACAGCUGGGACAUCAACGACGCCAACGUGGUGUGCAGGCAGCUGGGCUGCGGCUGGGCGCUGUCGGCACCCGGAGGGGCCCACUUUGGCCAGGGCUCGGGGAACAUUCUCUUGGGAGACGUGAACUGCCAGGGAUGGGAGUCCCAGCUGUCCAGCUGCCCCCAUGGCGGGUGGUACGACCACGACUGUGGCCACAAGGAAGACGCCGGAGUCGUGUGCUCAGGUACAGAAUCCACACCCACCCUAAUGACCACAGGCACCGACUCUGGUCUGGCCCUGAGGCUGGUGAACGGAGGCCACCGCUGCCAGGGCCGCGUGGAGGUCCUGUACCGAGGCUCCUGGGGCAGCGUGUGUGACGACAACUGGGACACCCUGGAUGCCAACGUGGUGUGCAGGCAGCUGGGCUGCGGCUGGGCACUGUCAGCCCCCGGGAAUGCACGCUUUGGCCAGGGCUCAGGCCCCAUCCUGCUGGACGACGUGAGCUGCACUGGCCACGAGUCCUACCUGUGGUCCUGCCGACACAAUGGCUGGAACUCUCACAACUGCAACCACGGGGAGGAUGCCAGCGUCAUCUGCUCAGAGCCUAAUAGUGUCCCCUUCUCCGCAGACUGGUGGCACACAGCAGCUUCGACUGCGGGCACCGACUCUGGUCUGGCCCUGAGGCUGGUGAACGGAGGCCACCGCUGCCAGGGCCGCGUGGAGGUCCUGUAUCGAGGUUCCUGGGGCAGCGUGUGUGAUGAUAGCUGGGACACCCUGGACGCCAACGUGGUGUGCAGGCAGCUGGGCUGCGGCUGGGCGCUGUCAGCCCCCGGGAAUGCACGCUUCGGCCAGAGCUCUGGCCCCAUCCUGCUUGACGACGUGAGGUGCACUGGCCACGAGUCCUACCUGUGGUCCUGCCAACACAAUGGUUGGAACUCACACAACUGCAACCACGGGGAGGAUGCCGGCGUCAUCUGCUCAGACCUUCUCCCUGUGGAGAGUGACCGUCCCUCCCUCACAGGCACCGACUCUGGUCUUGCCCUGAGGCUGGUGAACGGAGGCCACCGCUGCCAGGGGCGCGUGGAGGUCCUGUACCGAGGCUCCUGGGGCAGCGUGUGUGACGAUGACUGGGACACCCUGGAUGCCAACGUGGUGUGCAGGCAGCUGGGCUGCGGCUGGGCACUGUCGGCCCCUGGAAGUGCACGCUUUGGCCAGGGCUCAGGCCCCAUCCUGCUGGACAACGUGAGGUGCACUGGCCAUGAGUCGUACCUGUGGUCCUGCCGACACAACGGCUGGAACUCACACAACUGCAACCACGGGGAGGAUGCCGGUGUCAUCUGUUCAGGCCCAGAGGACCAAUGCGCCCUGCAGCUGCUGGAAGGUUCUGGAAGGUGCUCUGGCCGUGUGGAGGUGUAUUUUGAAGGCGAGUGGUGCACGGUCUGCGACGACCUGUGGGACGAGACGGAGGCGCAGGUGGUGUGCCGGCAGCUGGGCUGCGGAACGGCCGUGUCCGCGCCCGGGGACGCCCACUUCGGCCCGGGCUCCGGGCCCAUCCUCCUGGACAACGUGCAGUGCUCGGGCACCGAGGCCUACCUGGGCCAGUGCUCCCACGCCGGCUGGUUCUCCCACAACUGCGGGCACACGGAGGACGCGGGCGUCAUCUGCUCGGACUGGCCACAAUUGCAGCUAGUGAACGGGUCAGGCCGGUGCUCUGGACGCGUGGAAGUUUUCUACCAAGGCCAGUGGGGAAGGGUUUGUGAUGACCACUGGGACAUGAACGAAGCCGACGUGGUGUGCCGGCAGCUGAACUGCGGGCGGGCUCUGGCCGCCCCCGGGGAGGCCAAAUUUGGUGAAGGAGAAGGCGAGUUUCUGCUGGAUGAUGUGGACUGCACGGGAAGAGAGAGCUUUCUGGGCCAGUGUCCACACACGGACUGGUCCAUCCAUAACUGUGGUACGGGAGAAGACGCCAGUGUCGUCUGCUCAGAAUCCUGGCCCACACUGAGGCUGGCUGACGGCCCCAGCAGGUGCGCAGGGCGAGUGGAAGUUUUCUACCAGGGCAUCUGGGGCUCAGUGUGUGAUGAUGGCUGGACCCUGGCGGAGGCACAGGUGGUGUGCCAGCAGCUUGGCUGUGGCCGGGCAGUAGCGGCCCCCCUGGAUGCCCACUUCGGUCCCGGCAUUGGGACUAUUCUGCUGGACAAUGUGCACUGCAGUGGUGAGGAAAGCCACCUGGCCCUCUGUGCCCACGACCCCUGGUUCUCUCACAACUGCGGCCACAUGGAGGAUGCUGGGGCCAUCUGCUCAGGCACGGGGCCCCCCGUGAGGCUGGUGGGGGGCCCUGCGAGUUGUGCCGGCCGCGUGGAGCUCUUCUACGAGGGAGAGUGGGGGACGGUCUGCGAUGACCUCUGGGACCUGCCCGGAGCCACCAUCGUCUGCAGGCAGCUGGGCUGCGGCCGGGCCGUGGCUGCCCCGGGGGAGGCCUAUUUUGGAGAAGGUUCUGGAAAGAUCCUCCUGGACAACGUGCACUGUGAGGGUGAGGAGCGGCACCUGGGGGAAUGCUCGCACGUCGGCUGGUUCUCGCACAACUGCGCGCACGCGGAAGACGCUGGCGCCAUCUGCUCGGAUGCUGAGGACGCCGCGGCCACGGCCACAGGGAAGUUCCCGUGUGGCAGCAUCAUUACAAACUCAUCGGGCUCCAUCAGGAACCCCCCCAAGAACGAAAUGCACGACAACGUGACCUGCGUGUGGCAGAUCAAGGCCAACGCGUCCGACCAUAUCUUGCUGGCGUUUCCAUACCUCAACCUCGACUGCACCAAUGAGUACUUUGAAAUCCUGGACGGGCCUCCCUCCUCCACCAAAUCCAUCGCUAAGACCUGCGCCGGCUCCUACCUCACCUACGCCUCGUCCUCCAACAUCAUGACCCUCAUCUACUUCCGGAGCUUCAACAACAUCGGGAAGAACUUCGUCGCUUACUACUAUUCUGCGGCCAAAGCCAUCCCGACGGACACCCCCAUGCUGGUGACAGCGAGACCAGGCAACUGGCCGGAGCUGCGGCUGGUGGGCGGCUCGGGCCGGUGCUCCGGGCGCGUGGAGGUGCUCCACCAGGGAGCCUGGGGCACCGUGUGUGAUGACCUGUGGGACCUGAACGAGGCCGAGGUGGUGUGCCGGCAGCUGGGCUGCGGCCGGGCUGUGUCCGCCCUGGGCAAGGCCCACUUCGGCCCGGGCUCCGGGGACAUCUUCCUGGACAACCUGCAGUGCGCCGGCGUGGAGCGCUCCCUGGGCCAGUGCGCCCACUCGGGCUGGUCUGAGCACAACUGCGGGCACCAUGAGGAUGCCGGCGUCAUCUGCUCCGGGGACUGGCCGGCACUGCGGCUAGCGGGCAGCUCGGGCCGGUGCUCCGGGCGUGUGGAGAUCUUCUACGAGGGCGCCUGGGGCACCGUGUGUGACGACCUGUGGGACCUGAAUGAGGCCGAGGUGGUGUGCCGGCAGCUGGGCUGCGGCCAGGCCAUAUCCGCCCUGGGCAGGGCCCACUUCGGCCAGGGCUCCGGGAACAUCUUCCUGGACAACCUGCAGUGCUCUGGGCUGGAGCACUUCCUGGGACAGUGCGCCCACUCGGGCUGGUCUGAGCACAACUGCGGGCACCACGAGGACGCCGGCGUCAUCUGCUCAGAUGCAGAAGGCCUGCCCCCUCCCACACCUUCAGGAAGCAAUAACUCUUGCGGAGGGGUCAUUUCCAGCUCGUCCGGCUCAUUCUCCAGCCCCCGGUACCCAGAAAGCUACCCGACCGACGUGCAGUGCGUGUGGGAGAUCCACGUGGAUAAGAACUUCCGCAUCGAGCUCAUGAUCCCCAAUCUGAAGCUGGAGGACAUCCUGGGCUGCCCCUACGACUCGGUUGAAAUCUUCGAUGGCCCCAGGAUCGCCGCGCUGUCCAUGGGGAAGUUCUGUGCCUCCGUGGCCGUGAUGUUCUUCUCCUCUUCGGACAUGAUGACCGUGGUGUUCCGAAGCGACUCCAUGAUCACCAACACGGGCUUCUACGCGCUGUUCAACGCCAUCCCACAGGGCGACAGGGAACCGGAUAAUGGCCCGGAGCUGCGGCUGGUGGGCGGCUCUGGACGGUGCUCGGGACGCUUAGAGGUGCUGCACGACGGGGCCUGGGGCACCGUGUGUGACGACCUGUGGGACCUGAACGAGGCCAAAGUGGUGUGCAGGCAGCUGGGCUGCGGCUGGGCCAUCGCCGCCCCCGGAAAGGCCCACUUCGGCCCGGGCUCCGGCGACAUCGUCCUGGACAACAUUCAGUGCUCCGGAAGCGAGACCCAUCUGGGCCAGUGUCCCAGCUCCGGCUGGUCCGACCACAACUGCGGCCACCACGAGGACGCUAGUGUCAUCUGCUCAGGAGGAAGCAACGCUUGUGGAGGCAUCAUGUCCAGUCUCUCGGGCUCCUUCUCCAGCCCGUGGUACCCUUCGAACUACCCCACCAGCGUGGAGUGUGUCUGGGUGAUACACGUGGCGGAGAAGUUCCACAUCGAACUGAAGAUCCCGAGUCUGAAGCUAGAGGACAUCUACGGAUGCCCUUACGACUUCAUCGAGGUGUUCGACGGGCGGGAGAUGGCCCCGCUGUCCAUGGGCAGGUACUGUGCCGGCACGGAGCUCACCUUCUACUCCUCCUCCAACCUCAUCACCGCCGUCUUCAGGAGCGACGCCAUGGUCACCAACACGGGCUUCUAUGCGCUCUACAACACCCUGAAGCAAGACGAGAAGGAGAGCGGCCUGGCCCUGAGGCUGGUGAACGGCAGCCACCGCUGCGAGGGCCGCGUGGAGGUGUCCUACAACGGCACGUGGGGCACCGUGUGUGACGACAGCUGGGACCUGGCCGACGCCGGGGUGGUGUGCCGGCAGCUGGGCUGCGGCGAGGCGCUCUCGGCCCCCGCGCAGAGCUACUUCGACGGCGGCACAGGCCACAUCCUGCUGGACGACGUGCAGUGCCUGGGGCACGAGGCCAAGGUGUGGCAGUGUCUGCACAACGGCUGGUUCUCCCACAACUGCGGCCACCACGAGGACGCCAGCGUCGUCUGCUCGGACCUGAGCGGCGACGGGCCCCCGACAGAUGAACACUUCCAGUGUGGCGGCUUGCUCACGAACACCUCGGGCUCCUUCUCCAGCCCCUGGUACCCCAAGAAGUACCCGACCAACGUGGUCUGUGCCUGGGACAUUCGCGUGGACAGCAGGGCUCACAUCAAACUCACAUUUGACGUGGUGAAGAUGGAAAACUUCUACGGCUGUCCCUACGACUUCAUCGAGAUCUUCGACGGCCCGCAGAGCGAGUCUUUCUCCCUGGGGAGAUUCUGCUCGGGCACCACCCCGAUAUUCACCUCGUCCUCCAAUCGCCUGACCGUGGUCUUCCACAGCGACGCCAUCGUCACCAACAUUGGCUUCUUCGCCUCCUACGAGUCCCUGGUGCAAGACGAGAAUGACACGGACGUGACCCUGCGCCUGGCCAACGGCAGCCACCGAUGCGAGGGACGUGUGGAGCUUCGAUACAACGGCUCCUGGGGCAGUGUGUGUGAUGACGGCUGGGACCUACGCGAGGCCCACGUGGUGUGCGGGCAGCUGGGCUGUGGCCGGGCCGUGGCGGCCCCCGGGCGUGCGCGCUUCCACCGGGGCCAGGGGCCCAUCGCUCUGGACGACGUGGAGUGCGUGGGCACUGAGGCCCGCCUGUGGCAGUGUCUGCACAGCGGGUGGUUCGCGCACAACUGCGGGCACCACGAGGACGCCGGGGUCAUCUGCGCAGAUGCCUUGCCAGACCCAAUGUCAUCGGCUGUCGUGGGCACCCCAACGCCAGGACCCUCCCCAAAGCCCACGGAGAUGCCCGCCGCCACAGGUCAGGGCCUGCGGCUGGUGGACGGGCCGAGCCGGUGCCAGGGCCGCGUGGAGGUGUUCCACGCCGACACCUGGGGCACCGUGUGUGACGACCACUGGUCCAUUGAGGAUGCCCACGUGGUCUGUAGGCAGCUGGGCUGUGGCCCGGCUGUGUUCGCCCUGCUGGGCGCCAGCUUCAGCUCCGGCACAGGCAUCAUCGUCCUCGAUGACGUCAACUGCACCGGCAGCGAGUCCACGCUGGACCAGUGUCCCCACGGGGAGUGGUUCGCCCACAACUGCGGCCACCAGGAAGACGCCAGCGUCAUCUGCGCGGAUUCUGCUGCCGCCGGACAGCCAGAACUGCCUGAGGUGCGUCUGGCCGAUGGUGGCGGCAAGUGCGAAGGCCGCGUGGAGGUGCACCACAACGGCACGUGGGGGACAGUGUGCGACGACCUGUGGGACCUGCCGGCCGCCCAGGUGGUGUGCCGGCAGCUGGGCUGCGGCCUGGCCCUGGCGGCCCCCCACGGCAGCCUGUUCGGAGACGGCGUGGGGCCCAUCUUCCUGGACAAUGUGCAGUGCUCGGGCCACGAGGCCAACCUGGGCCGCUGCCACCACCUGGGCCUGUCGGUCCACAACUGCGGCCACCACGAGGACGCCGGCGCCGUGUGCUCAGGUAGUGAAUCCAGGAGCUCUCCCAGACCCCUCCCUAGGCUAGAGUCUAGAACUUUCUGCAUUCACCAAAAUGUUCUGAACCAUCCCACUGACACAAAAACCAGUCCAGACCUGCCCACCGUCAGGCUGGUGGACGGGCAGAACCGCUGCCAAGGGCGUGUGGAGUUGUACCACAAUGGCACGUGGGGGACGGUGUGUGAUGACCUCUGGGGCCUCCCCGCUGCCCACGUGGUAUGUCGGCAGCUGGGCUGCGGGCAGGGCCUGGGCGCCCUGGGCAGCGGCCACUUUGGCGAGGGCACGGGGACCAUCCUCCUGGACGACGUGCAGUGCCGGGGUCACGAGACCAGCCUGGGCCGAUGCCGGCACCUGGGCUUGUCCACCCACAACUGCGGCCACCAUGAGGACGCCGGCGUGGUCUGCUCAGACCUGCCGGUGCGCCUGGUGGGCGGACGCAGCCGCUGCCAGGGCCGCGUGGAGGUGCGGCACCAGGGCGCGUGGGGCACCGUGUGCGACGACCACUGGGGCAUCAGGAACGCGCGCGUCGUGUGUCGCCAGCUGGGCUGCGGCCGCGCGCUCGCAGCCCCGGGACGUGGCCACUUCGGUCCGGGCCACGGCCCCAUCCUGCUGAACAACGUGCGCUGCGCGGGCACCGAGGACCAGCUGGAGCGCUGCGGGCACGCCGGCUGGACUCAGCACAACUGCCAGCACCGGGAGGACGCAGGCGUGGUGUGCGCAGAGCCCGCCUUUCCCUACGCCGAGGGGAAGCCCGGCCUGAAAGGACCUGUGAACUCUUUUGUACCCAAGGACAAUGCUCAGGUCUCCUGCUCACCUCAGCUGUUCCAAGUCGUCAUCGACCGAGGCUAUCUCCGGAGGCUGGGCUACUCUUCCUGGGAUGUCCACCUAAACGAUGAGCUGUGCCGCCCCCAUGUCACGGGGCGCUACCUGAUCUUCAACAUUCCCUAUGGCCGCUGUGGCACCGUCAGCCAGGAGAACCUCGGCUCCCACAGCUACUCCAACUCCAUCAGAGGCAGAAUCCGGGGCCGCCCCGGCCACGUCAUCGUGAGACACAAGAUGCCUCAGCUCCAGUUCACCUGCCAGGUGAACUCGCCAUCCAGCGCCAGGGAGGGCGCCGCCUACGAUGUGUCCUUCUCCUUCCUCGAGCUGCCCGCGGCCCAGCAGCAUGGAAGCUCGGGGCUGUACUCAGCCAGCCAGGAAAAGGAGGUCUUCCUUCAGGCCACCCUGCACAGCUCCAACCCCAGCCUGAGGGUCUUUGUGGAUACCUGUGUGGCUUCUCCGGAUCCCCAAGACUUUACAACAGUCAAAUAUGAUUUGAUCCAACAAGGCUGCAUCAAAGACAGCAGCUUUGUCAACCUGCACUCGAGCCAGAAGAACACGGCCCAGUUCAAGUUCAAUGCCUUCAGCUUCCUGGACAGCUAUGACGUCGUCUACGUGCAGUGCAAGAUCGCCGUGUGCAAAGCGGGGGAUGCCUCCUCCCGCUGCACCCAGGGCUGUGCAGGGCGGAGUAAGAGGGGGGCAGGACCUGAGGGGUCCAUAGAGGAGCAGGCGGGGCAUUUCCAAAUGAUAGGACCCCUAGAAAUCCAGAAAGGGGCCAAGCAGAGCUAG